AAUCCGGAUCUGCACUAUAAGAACAAUUUAAGGUUUAGGAAAGAUUUGAUGGAAUCUUUGAAGGAUGUUAUCAAGAAGUUAGCUCCUAAUAUUGAUUCGGCCAAAGAUGCAGCUGAAGAGGUUAAUGAUGAAUACAUGAGGACUCUUGAGGUUUUAAGUAAGAAGCUGAAGUUUGUGCAAGUAGAUCCCAUGGUCAGAUCUUCAAAAGCUCUAAAAGAUGUUCAGCCUGAGUUGGAAAAACUUCGGCAAAAAGCUGUAUCAAAGGUAUUUGAGUUCAUUGUUCAGAAGCUUUAUGCCUUAAGGAAGCCCAAAACAAAUAUUCAGAUCCUUCAACAAAAUGUUCUUCUAAAAUACAAGUAUGUAAUUCUCUUUCUCAAGGAACGUGGCAAAGAGGUUUAUACAGAGGUCCGUGGAGCAUACAUUGACACAAUGAACAAGGUUCUGAGUGCCCAUUUCCGGGCUUAUAUUCAAGCACUGGAGAAACUACAACUGGAUAUAGCAACAGAAAGUGAUUUGAUUGGAGUAGAGACCCGAAGUACUGGCCUCUUUUCAAGAGGAAGAGAACCUUUAAAAAACCGUUCUGCUGUUUUUGCCUUGGGGGAUAGGAUAAACAUUUUAAAGGAAAUUGAACAACCUGCAUUGAUUCCACAUAUAGCUGAAGCAAGCUCUCAGAAGUAUCCAUAUGAAGUCCUCUUCAGGAGCUUGCACAAGCUUCUUAUGGAUACUGCCACCUCAGAAUAUCUCUUCUGUGAUGAUUUCUUUGGUGAAGAAUCUAUAUACAAUGAAAUAUUCGCAGGUCCAUUUGCUGUCAUCGAUGAACAUUUCAAUGCAAUCCUUCCAAAUUGUUACGAUGCUAUUGGCCUAAUGCUUAUGAUUCGCAUUAUACAUCAGCACCAGCUGAUUAUGUCCCGUCGGCGAAUUCCAUGCUUGGAUUCAUAUCUAGACAAGAUAAAUAUUGCAUUGUGGCCUCGUUUUAAGAUGGUGUUUGAUAUGCAUCUCAGCAGCCUGCGUUAUGCAAAUGUGAAGACAUUGUGGGAGGAUGAUGUUCAUCCUCAUUAUGUAAUGAGACGUUAUGCUGAGUUCACAGCCUCACUUAUUCACCUCAAUGUUGAAUAUGGAGAUGGGCAGCUUGUAUUGAACUUGGAACGGCUGCGGAUGGCUAUUGAUGACUUGCUGGUUAAGCUUGCCAUGAUGUUCCCUAAACCGAAGCUGCAAACCAUCUUUCUUAUAAACAACUAUGAUAUGACAAUUGCUGUGUUGAAGGAAGCUGGUCCAGAAGGUGGAAAGACACAGCUGCAUUUUGAAGAACUGCUAAAAAGCAACACAGCAAUUUUUGUGGAAGAAUUACUGUUAGAGCAUUUUGGUGAUUUAAUCAAGUUUGUGAAGACCAGAGCAUCUGAGGAUCCAAGUUCUACAUCAGAGAGGCCCAUCACUGUUCCCGAUGUUGACCCCCUUGUUAAGGACUUUGCAAGCAGAUGGAAGGCCACAAUAGAGUUGAUGCACAAGGAUGUCAUCACUUCUUUCAGUAACUUUUUAUGUGGUAUGGAGAUCUUGAGAGCUGCAUUAACCCAGUUGCUGCUCUAUUAUACUAGGCUUACAGAUUGCAUCAAGCACAUAGUCGGUGGAUCGACACUUAACAAGGAUCUGGUUUCCAUAUCUUCAAUAAUGUAUGAAAUCAGGAAAUUCUCAAGGACCUUCUAGUUCAUCAUUAUGUAUGUGGCUCCCAACAUUGGUGUGGGCUUUUCUUUUUUUUCGGGGUGGGGGCCGGUAGACAGACCCACACUGGGGGGCUUCUAGUAUUGACUGGUCACUCCUCCAUUGUAUGCAGAGGAAUUAUUUCCAACCCCAUAUUUCCAUAUGUGACAUUACAUUUUAUUUUUAAUCUAAGUUGGGUUUUCCCUCUAGCUAUAUGGGGGGAACAAAAAAAUGAUUUUCCCCCAGGUAUGAGUUAUUCAUUUGUUUGUAUUGUUCAUUGAAAGAGGGAACUAUAAUCCCAGUAAACACUAGCCCCAUCUAUUCGUUUUCUA